CCAAAACCAACUUUCCUCACACACACACACAUCAAUGACCGGUUCAAAGCACUAUGACACUCCAAAGAAAGCCCGGCUUCGAGGGGCACAUGCAUUUCUCAAGGCAAACGGCAUUCCUUUUCAAAAGUCUGAUCUUUUUGAAUUUUUCCAAUUUUCUAGACGGUCAGGAAAUCGGAUCCUAAAUGCAGCCUCCGAUCGCAUGCGUCACAAUCAGCCGGACCAGCCCGAAACUCGCGGACGCCCGAAAAAGCGCUCAGACGAUGACCUCGAUCAGCUGGAACAGAUGUACGAAGACGAAGGCUUUGAGGCAAAGAGGCUCUCUUGGUCUGCUGCAGUCACGGAAGCUGGUAUUGAGACAGAUAUAGCAACUCAAACGAUCCGACGGGCAGCUCAUACGAGAUAGCUAUUCAAGCGGAUUGCCGCACAAGCUGAAUAUGCCAAUGCAGCCGAAAUGACACGCCCGCAGGCUUUCGCAGAGAAAGCUCUAGCCCAUCGACCAGAGCCAGAAGACUGGGCUAACGUCUAUUUCUCUGAUGAGUGCCAUUUCGGCUAUGGCGACGAGCGCCCUGCUCUAAUUGCCCGGAAGCCCGGUACCCGUACGGAUCCUUCUAAUCUCCAAGAGACGAAGCUGCCAGCUGACCGGGAUCUCAAAUGCUUACACGCUUGGGCUGCAAUCGGCUUGGGGUUUAAGAGCCCGUUGGUCUGGUACGAGAUUCCUUCCAAUUCGAAUGGUAAGAUGACUCAAGAGAUUUAUAUUAAAGAGAUCUUAAAGCCUUACGUAUGCAAGUGGCUAGAUAAAGAUCAUACCUUCGUCUUGGAAGAAGACAGCAAUAGCAGCCACGGGCCUAGUCAAUCCAAUCCCGUACGGACUUAGAAGGAAAAGGCCGGACUUUCUUUCUUCUUCAACUGCCCCCGUAGCCCGGAUCUAUCGCCAAUUGAGAACUGCUAGAAGGUUCCAAAGCAAUACAUCCGUCAGUAUCCACACUGGGAUACUGAUACCUUAAAGGAACUUGCAGAGGAAGGCUGGAGGCAAUUAAAACAGCCAACUAUUGAUAAAUGGAUUAAAUCAAUGCCGCAACGGCUACGAGAUGUAAUUAAAUUAGAGGGAAAACGAACAAGCUGGUAGAUGCAGUCUUGGUGGGCCAUUUUUUUUGACCCCCACUUGCCC